AGUCCCCGCCGCGCUCGUCGCCGCCGCCGGUAACCGCAGCCCCGCGCCAUGCAGCCGGCCGCGGGCAGCGAGCGCCGCAGCCCCCCGGGCCCCGCGGUCCCGGCGCCGCCCCGGGGCCACGCGCCCUUGGCCGCCGCUCCCGGCCCGGGCCCGCUGAGCAACGCAGCUCGCGAGCCGCCCAAGCCCGAGGAGGAGCGGCAGCUGCGCAUCAGCGAGAGCGGCCAGUUCAGCGACGGGCUGGAGGAUCGAGGCUUGCUAGAAAGCAGCACUCGCCUGAAGCCUCACGAGGCCCAGAACUACAGAAAGAAGGCAUUGUGGGUCUCCUGGUUCUCCAUUAUUGUCACACUGGCCCUGGCUGUGGCUGCCUUCACUGUCUCCGUUAUGAGGUACAGCGCCUCUGCUUUUGGGUUUGCAUUUGACGCCAUCCUCGACGUCCUGUCCUCGGCGAUUGUCCUUUGGCGUUACAGCAAUGCUGCUGCUGUACACUCUGCCCACCGGGAGUACAUAGCCUGUGUCAUCCUGGGGGUGAUAUUCCUUCUGUCAUCCAUAUGUAUAGUGGUCAAAGCCAUCCAUGACCUCUCAACAAGGCUGCUCCCAGAAGUGGAUGAUUUCCUGUUCAGCGUCUCCAUUUUAAGUGGGAUCCUUUGCAGCAUCCUGGCUGUGUUGAAGUUUAUGCUGGGGAAGGUUCUGACCAGCAGAGCACUCAUAACAGAUGGGUUUAACUCCCUCGUGGGCGGCGUGAUGGGCUUCUCCAUUCUUCUGAGUGCGGAGGUGUUCAAACAUAACGCGGCGGUCUGGUACCUGGAUGGCAGCAUAGGUGUGCUGAUCGGCCUCACCAUAUUUGCCUACGGGGUCAAACUCCUCAUCGACAUGGUGCCCCGGGUGAGGCAGACUCGCCACUACGAGAUGUUUGAGUGACAGUGGCCAGUGGGGCCCAAGCCGGCUGCUGUGCAUCCGCACGAACACCGUCAGGACCACGAGGUUUCCACACAGGCAGAUGGUGCCAAUAUUUCACUGAACAUCCAAUUUCUUUUUUGGCAAGUUUGUGUUCAUGGGAACAAGGUCUGCCCGGCAGGUCAGUCUGCACUCCUCCCCCCAUCAACUGUGUUAGGACAACCCGCACAGGAGUGGGGACAGGUUUCCCCACCUCCAGCGAGAACUGACCUUUUCUGUUUUCUGCAGUAAAAAAGGUUCUUGUGGGUAAGAUAAGAUCUCUCCUUGGCAGAAAGUUCCUCUGUGGUGCUCUAAGCCUGAAAUGGAUAGCAACUGACCCGACCCACCUCCUCUGGACCCCCGGUGGCCCCCGCCACCUCCCAUUCCAGAGUCUGUUAAUUCCUGGCAGAUUUUAAGGGAAGACCGUACGUUUUGUCCCUCGCCCCUUGACAUGCCCAGAACCAUCAGUACAGAUCACUUCCUAAUUUCUAUCAAGGUAUUUCAUUAGUUUCAUACUGUUUUACUAAUCCUGACUCUAAACAGAUUUGUCCAAAAGGAGACCAUUCUAUUUUUAAAGUACUUAGUGACACAUGUAUGAGCUUUGCAUGGUUGAACUGAGCACAUGACCAUUUCUUGUACAUUCAGAAGCUGAACCUACAUGUAAAAACAGAAUCCAUUUUUGAGAGAUGUGAAACGACAGUUUAUUUGUAAUAAAUAAUUAUAUAAUCUAUCCAUAUGUGCAUAGAUCUCUAUGCUGUGUGAAAUGGUUACGUCCCAGUCUGCUAGAGAUGGCUUGCCCCUUUGUAAGGAACGCGAUGUUCCCUGUUUCUGUAACGUUAGGUAUAGGUUCUGUGCCUCUGGACCUGCUGCUCGUCCAGGCGAUGGUGUCCGACCAAUAAAGACCUUCACCUG